AGUGUGUGAGGAAGGAGGGACAGGGUAUGGAACUAUACUGAUGUUGACCUUUUGCCGUAAUAAAGUCUUAGUGGUUAAACUAUAGGCGUAAAACAACUCCACUCCACCCUGGAGGAAAGCAACACAACAAAGAAAAAAGAAGAAAACAAGUAACUAGCAUAUAUAUUUAUAGAUUUAUCAAAUGCAGCCCCCAAUUUAUGAGGAAUUAUAUAUGUAAUGCAGCUUGUUUGUUUGUGUUUUUUACGCCGUGCCAGCAACUAGGUCAAAUGUAAUGCAGCGAUUCCUAUAAACAAGAACUUCAAAUAAGUAGAUAAGAGAGAUGCUUAAUAUUUCUAUUGUUGGGUCUUUUGUGUUGAUGGUUGUUUUUGUUUUUGUUUUUUCUUGUUUGAUGUUGUUUUUUUCUGGGUGGGAUGAUCGAGUUGCUGUUUUUGUUUGCUGGUCCUUUAAUUCGUCAACACUUGAAGAAAAGCGGAUGAUGACCGUGACACUGUCCAUAAACACAAAACAGAAUUGUUUAAAUAAGUUUAACGAAAUGUCCGAAGUCUUGCUACCGAUUUUUUUUUAAGAAUCUCUAAUCUUAAUUACGCAUUCGCCGUCCGCCACACGUUUUCGUUGUUAACCUUUAACCUUUGACCAGGUAACUACUGGAACUCUUCAAAUUUUUUUAUCACGAAAUAGUCCCUCAUAAAACUAUUACAGAUAACUGGGCAAGCAUACAGACUAUAUCCUGGCACCAUUAUAAAGGCUGACUCAGUUUAUAUUUUUACGGAUAUCUGUUGUUUGAAUGAAAUAGAGAGAGCACUGAGUGAUUUUACGACGGAAUACAUGCCCCACGGAAUAUUCAUGCGCCAUUGACACGCGCUAGUUCUAAAGCACCGUCUGUCGUUGUUCCCCAUCACACAUUAUGAUGCUAUACUAAGUGCAGCUACAAUGGUGGGCCUUCUCAAAUUUGUCAGAUUUUCAAGGCACCUCCUAAAGGAGGCUUCACCUAUUCUGUCAAAAAGGCCACAGAUUCAGCUAUGCCAAGACCGGAGUUUCCGUGUUAUAUAUGGCGACAUUGAUCGUCUUCCAAUUAAAGUGCGCCACUAUGUGGAGGAACAUGCAAGAUUGUGUAAACCUGACACGGUGCACAUCUGUGAUGGCACAGAGCGUGAAAAUGAGUUACUCUUGUAUAUGCUUCAGAAGGAUGGCAUUCUCAGAAGGUUACCAAAGUAUGAAAAUUGCUGGAUAGCUCAGACUGACCCUGCUGAUGUUGCAAGAGUGGAAAAACUGACAUAUAUAUCUACUGAGCUGCAGCGCGAUACUGUUCCUUCACCAAAAUAUGGUGCUAAAAGUCAGUUAGGGAAUUGGAUGGCACCAGAAGACAUGGACAAUGAACUUAAUAUGCGUUUUCCUGACUGCAUGAAAGGUCGAACAAUGUUUGUGAUCCCAUUCAGCAUGGGUCCUGUUGGGUCUCCAUUGUCCAAAAUUGGUAUUCAGCUGACAGAUUCUGCAUAUGUAGUAGCCAGCAUGCGAAUCAUGACUCGAAUGGGUAGCAAUGUGCUGGAUGUUCUGAAGGAUGGAGAAUUCGUCAAGUGCCUUCACUCUGUUGGACGACCUUUGCCCCUUACAUCUCCAUUGCACAACAACUGGCCUUGCUACCCAAAAAUGACUCUGAUUGCUCACCUUCCAGAGAAGAAUGAAAUUUGUUCAUAUGGUAGUGGGUAUGGUGGAAACUCUCUUUUGGGGAAGAAAUGUUUUGCUUUGCGUAUUGGCUCCAUUCUUGCAAAACGUGAAGGCUGGUUUGCAGAACAUAUGCUCAUACUGGGAAUCGAAAACACACAAACUGGAGAGAAACGCUACAUUGCAGCAGCAUUUCCAAGUGCUUGUGGCAAAACUAAUCUUGCCAUGAUGAAGCCAUCUCUUCCCCACUUUAAGGUCACCUGUGUGGGAGAUGACAUUGCAUGGAUGAGAUUUGAUUCUGAGGGACGUUUAAGGGCCAUUAAUCCAGAGGCUGGUUUUUUUGGUGUUGCACCAGGUACAUCAUCAAAGACAAAUUACAAUGCCAUGCAGACUAUUCAGAAAAACACUAUUUUCACCAAUGUGGCGGAGACAAGUGAUGGGGGUUUUUUCUGGGAAGGGCUAGAGCAAGAAAUCCCUGAGGGGGUGAAAAUUCGUUCCUGGUUGGGUGACGAAGAUUGGAGGAAGGACUCCAGUGACCGACCUGCUGCCCACCCCAACUCCAGAUUCUGCACACCUGCGGCACAGUGUCCCAUCUUGGACCCUGCCUGGGAGGAUCCUGAGGGUGUUCCUAUUGAUGCCAUUAUCUUUGGAGGUCGCAGGCCUGAUGGUGUUCCACUUGUGUAUGAGGCAUUCAACUGGCAGCAUGGUGUCUUUAUGGGAGCCUCCAUGAGAUCAGAGUCCACAGCAGCUGCUGAACACAAAGCCAAGCAAAUCAUGCAUGAUCCCUUUGCCAUGCGGCCAUUCUUUGGUUACAAUUUUGGCGACUACCUUCAGCACUGGUUGUCCUUUGGCAGCCGUGCUAACGAGCUUCAUCUGCCCAAAAUCUUUCAUGUCAACUGGUUCCGCAAAGAUGCAAAUGGCAAGUUCUUGUGGCCAGGCUUUGGGGAGAACUGCCGUGUGCUGGACUGGGUCCUGCAGAGGAUCAAUGACAAAGAUGUCUCGGUGCCAACACCCAUCGGCUUGGUGCCAAAACGAGAGUCCCUCAAUCUAGAUGGACUUGAAGACCCUGUUGACUAUGAUGCACUGUUUAAAAUUAGCCAAAAUUUCUGGGAGAAUGAGGUGAAUGCUGUGUACAAAUACUUUGAUGAGCAGGUCAACACUGAUUUGCCUACUCAGAUCAUGAAAGAGCUAAAAGACCUGGAGUCCAGGGUACAGGCCAUGUAAAACAUGCUUAUGAGAGAGCAGAAGAGACAUUAUUUUACCCACUCAGUGUCUGGCAUGCCCCUUAUAUGGCACUUCAAAUGGUGUGAUUUUGGGAUGUAACUUAAGACUUAACAGACUAUUGUAUAUUGCUUUGGUGUGAAGUGGAUCAUUGGGACAGAUAGCUUGCAGUAUGUAUGGGGGAAAAUGGUGUCAAAAUGUGACAUCAAAAUGGUGUUGUCUUAUAUAUAUGUGUGCUCUGAAAUGAGUAUGUCUUGUCAUAUUAUACCCAAAAAAGACAGAAAUUGAGGGUGACUUUUACAAUUUGUUCUGAUGUAUUCAUAUUUUAUCCAGUGGGUUUUCUUUUCUCUUUUUUUUUUUUGCUCUGCACUUCAUGUCUAGUACAGAAAAAGUCAUGUGAGCAUGCAUAUGUGGAGGCAUAAGGGAUGGAAAGAGAGAUGACCAAAAAUCCAGCAUCCAUACUUUGUCUUUUCUUUUUCUGUGGUUUGACAUCAGCUUCAGUUGGAAUUGCAUAUCGGUGAGAUGAUUCACAUUUUCACAUCAUUAAAUAUAUAUGCCUAAAGUACUUAUAUUUCUAAUGAAUGCACUAUGGGGCCUUAUACAAUGCAUUUGCUUCAGCUAAUAUCAAAGUUAAUCGUAAUUAUCAAGCUGCUAAAAAAUGUGCAUUUGAAAAACAGUCAAAAGGAAUUCCAUUUUAUUGUUAUUCCAUUUUUUUUGUGCUACUGCCAAAGAAAUGACAAAGGCUUAUAUGAAGAGCAAAUAAGUGUGUGUCAGACCUUAUUUUUCCUUGCUUAAUCAUGAGCAGUAUGUUGCUUCAAAGUUUUCAUAAUUUUAGUGAUAUAUAAAGGACACUAUUUUUGUUUUACAACGGAUGCUAAUUGUAUAAAUGAAGUUUAUGGAGAGUGAAGCAAACCCUUUUGGGUUCAGUAGUCUUUUUCUGUUUAUUUUCCUAGCAUCAAUGCUUGCUUAUUGCGGACCAUACAGAAUUGUUAUUUUUAUUGUUCAUGAUGUUAAUAUAUACAUUGCGAUUAAAUUUUUGCACCCUUAUUCACACUGAUCAUUUUAUACACAAUUUAUAAUUGAAAUGAUAUCACAUUCCUAAACAUAUCCCAUGUACAUGUUUGAGGUAGUGGUAGUUUACAGAUAUUUUUAUCCUUUCUGUGAUACAAGUAUGAUGUAAUUUUAGAUGUGCACAGUCUUACUGUGUAACUGAUACAUGACACUAGUGCCGUAGUUAGUGUGAGUGGUUAUGACAGUGCAGGUCUAUUUUAUAAAUAAAUAUUUAUGUUCUGCUAUCCCAUAGCAGAAUUUUUUUUUCAUGUUCUUGAUAGUAGUUGUGUAAAUUAGACCUUUCUAUGUUAUUUUCGGAAAUCUUAGCACAUUUAAGUCAAGUUUUAUAUUUUCAAUUUUUUCUCUUUCACAGCUGCUUUAAUUUACUUUUUUCAUUUUGCAUGUCAAUUUUAUACAAGGUUGUAAGAUUUUCAGACUUUGCACAUCAUUUUAGUUUUAUUUUUAUUGUAUCUCAAAAACAUAUAAACUAUGAUCUGAUCCUCCAUGACAGGAAAUGUUUUGUAUUUUAAUUGUUUUCAGUUUUAAUAGAUUACUGGCUAUGUAAACUAAUAAAUACUAAAGCUAUACUACGCAUUUACGGACACAGUGAAUGCCUCAAUCCUGCCAAACCAAACAUCCACUGGUUCCUUUUGUUUUAAAUACCGAUUGACCAAAUGUGUGAUCUCUGAACAAACAACUGAAAGGUUAAUAAAGAAUGAUUUGCUGAAGCAAU